CAGCCUCUCCCCGCAAUGUCCUCUCUCCCCAUCCCAACUCCUCUCUCGGAUCAGGAGUAGAGGCCCCGUCUUGUCUCAAUGACUGGCUGUACUACCGUGACCACUGCUAUGGGUUCUUCCCUGAAAAGAUGACCUGGUCAAAGGCUGAGGUGAAGUGUCAUUAUCAACACAAGGGAGGCCAUCUCGCCUCCAUUCUCUCUGAGGCAGAAGGGGACGUGGUGGCCACAUACAUCAGCCAGUCAGGCUCCAAGGAUGACGUGUGGAUCGGACUCCACAGCCCCCAGCAUGACAAACGCUGGAUGUGGACAGAUGAGUCGCUGUAUGAUUACAGUGCUUGGAACCCUGGGGAACCAAACAAUGCGGGUAACAUUGAGUACUGUACCGAGCUGCUGAACUUCAGGGGUUUUAAGAAAUGGAACGAUAUUACCUGUGACAAGCAAAAUGCCUACAUUUGCAAGUAUCAACGCUAGCAAGGGGAGUCACUCGCCUGUGCCUGAAGUGGGAGCUCAGAACCCAAAAUUCAAAAGAACUGAGCUCCUUGGCCAUGAUCAGACAACGUCCCAGACAUUCGGAUGCUUUUGCUGCUUCAAGGGCCAGUCCCCUCCCUCCCUGAGAGACCAGAUCUCACUUCCUCAGCUGCAAACUCUCUUCCCCUAAGUGUCUCUGAUCUAGUUACAUGCCUGCCCCUUCCCUCCCUUCCUCUCAAUGGCUGCGGCACAUGACAAGAAUAAACUCUCCUGAGCAUG